AUGUCGCUGCAGCCACUAUCAAUCAGGCUACCAUCACUCAAGACUGCAGGGCAAGGCUAUAUACAACACAGCAGCCCUUGUCCCAACACCAGCCAGCCACCCCUCACUACCCACGUGACGCCACCGCAGCCAGCCUCCAGCCCUCUCAGUCACCCCAGCCUCCCAGCAGCCAGUCACCCCAGCACACAGGCAUACAAUCGCUCCAUCCAGCACCAGCACCCGGCACCAGCAAUCACCUCUCACCACCCAGCAGCCAGCAGCCAGCACUCACCACCCAGCAGCCAGCACUCACCACUCACCACCCAUCAGCAAGCACUCACCACCCAGCACCCAGUACCAGCACUCACCACCCAGCAGCCAGCAGCCAGCAGCCAGCACUCACCACCCAGCAGCCAGCACUCACCACCCAGCACCCAGCACCAGCACUCAUCACCCAGCAGCCAGCAGCCAGCACUCAGCCUCAGGAGCAGCACACCUCCGCCAAGCUAA